CAUCCGGCGAGGAGAAGAAGGGUAGUGCGGGGAAGCGGCUGCUAAGAACUCAGAAAACUCGAAGUUCGUGUGUUAUGUGUGUUUUUGACCGUUUACAGUGUUUACUUCUUCAUGAAGUAUCAAUUUACACUGAAAAUUUUAGCUCGCCCAUAUUUUGUAAAUGUUGAGUUUCACAAUAUUAAGCCUAGUUCGUAUUAAUUUGGAAUUAUUAUUCUCGGCUCGACGAUUUAUUUUUGUUUUGAGUUUAAAACUCACUUAACCUUACUCUCACUCCUGCUGUUCGAACUUAUGAUCUGAAGUCCAGUAGGGUUGAAGAAGUUCCCUGUCGACAAUGAUUCUGAAAUUUGGUGGCUUUCUCCUCUUGCUUUUGUUCACGGAAAUAGUUGCAUCUGACGUUAUUCUGUGUGAAACCUACACGAAAUCAGAGUGCGAGGAGCCAAGCUACUCAGACUGUAAUAAGACCCUGGAAUGUGAGCCUGCCCCAAGAACAUACUGUUUUGUAGCAUGGACUAAUGUUUCUGGUGUCAUUGAUAUCUCACACAAGGGUUGCUUUCAUUAUGACGAAGGUGGCGAGCACAAGUGUGUCAAUCAAACAAAAUGUGUGGACAAGAGCGAGGAAAAGAAGAAGCAAAAAUUUUGCUGCUGCGAAGGUAGCCUGUGCAAUAACCUAUUCUCUUGGGAACUGGAGGUGCCCAAGCCCAUCAUGACAGCUGUUACCCAAGGCCAGGGAGAUAACUCGAUCAUUCUGUACACUUUAGUGCCAAUAUUUGUCCUUUGCGUCAGCUUGGGUCUUUUAUACUUGGCUUUCCACAAGAAGAAACUCCCGUAUUUCAGCCAACUCCCAACGUUGGAACCUCAAGAACGACCACCAUCGCCCAACUUGGGUUUUAGGCCCAUCGAAUUGAUUGAGAUGAAAGCAAGAGGCCGGUUUGGGUGUGUUUGGAAAGCUCAGUACAAGACUGAUAUUGUCGCUGUAAAAAUUUUCUCUCCUCAGGAUAAGCAACUAUGGCAGACUGAACAAGAAAUCUUUAAAUUGAACCAUAUGGACCAUGAGAACAUACUCCACUACAUAGGAGCGGAAAAACACGGGGAUAAUCUGCACGCUGAGUUCUGGCUCAUCACAACAUUCCACGAGCAGGGAUCGUUGCACGAUUUUCUCAAAGCGAACAUUGUGACAUGGCAGCAGCUAUGCAGAAUUGCUCAUUCCAUGUCGAGAGGUCUCUCGCAUCUACACGAGGAAAUCCCUGCAAAUAAGACAAGCGGGCACAAACCAAGUGUUGCUCAUCGAGAUUUCAAGAGCAGCAACGUUCUGCUAAAAUCGGACCUGACAGCCUGCAUAGCAGAUUUCGAUCUAGCUUUGAUUUUUGAGCCAGGAAAAUCUUGCGGCGAUGUCCAUGGCCAGGUUGGCACACGGAGGUAUUGGGCACCUGAAGUCCUGGAAGGUGCAAUCAAUUUCUCACACGAUGCUUUCCUUCGAAUUGAUGUGUAUGCUAUGGGCCUUGUUUUAUGGGAACUUGUCUCCCGCUGUGUAAUCCAUCAGAAGGAAACUGAAUCUGAAAAUGAAAAUUCUCAGUCGUAUCAAUUGCCUUAUGAAGCAGAGGUAGGAUCGCACCCUUCAUUGGAAGACAUGCAAGAAUGUGUUGUGUACAAGAAACAAAGACCGGCCAUUCCAGAAUCGUGGCGAGAACACAAGGGAAUGGCAUUGCUCUGUGAUACAAUGGAAGAAUGCUGGGACCAUGAUGCAGAAGCGCGGCUAUCCGCACCAUGUGUUAUGGAAAGAAUAGUGCAAUAUGCCCAGUUCUCUGGUGUAAACGAUGAAAUUUAUUCGAAGCUUCUGUGAGAAUCCCACCGUUAGAGCUGUCAAAUGCUCUAUUUCCCGCAAAGUAUUCUCAAUUUUUCAGUGUUCCUGACUUAUUUUUAUGAGUGUUGAAAGACUGUUACUAUUAAUCGUUGCAAAAACUUUAAUGAAAAGAAGACUUCUCCAUAGAAUAAAGAGACUACGCCAACAGAAGCGAAAGCUCCGAAAGAACCAAUGUUGACAUUUUUCUUCCCGGGGUCGGUCAAUCUUCGUACUUAUUGAAACCUGAUUGGAGGUUAACCUACAAUUAUAAAAUUGGAAAGAAACAUAAAAUUUUAAGCAACCGUACAGUGCUUCUCUGGAAUAACAGUGAACAAGUGUAAAAAAAUCUAUUUUAAUUCCUAAAAACGUCUGUAUCUGCUAUCCUUCGACCUCUAGAAUGCCGACACGGCGCUUACGUAAACAGCACUUAUAGACUCAGUUUUGCUUCAAUGACAAAAAAAUGGCGGUUGUUUUCGCCUCUGUUGACGUAGUUUAUUUAUUCUAUGACUUCUCUCAAGCUGUAACAUACAACAGCUUCUGAAUGUAUGUGCCAUCUUUUUUAAACCUUUUAUGGUAUUUUCAAAUGCAGAAUAUUUUGCCAUCGAGUCUAUCACUGCAUCUCCAACCGAAAAUCCAGAGAAGAAAAAUUUUGUUCUUAAUCCUCUAUAGUAUGAAUUAAUUUUGGAUCUUGGAUUCUAGAAGACACAGAUCUAUUUUGCAGCUUUCCACAAAGUCCCAAAUUUUUUUCUCAAAAUUUCGAAUUUUUGGUGAUUUUUUUUAAAGUGAACAAAAACACGGACAAUAAUUUGCAAAAUCACGCCUCAAAGGGAAGUUUGAAUUUUUAAGAGACCAAAAAAUGCAUUUUUACCAAUCGGUAAUGCCAAGCCAUUGAGGGUUAAGUUGAAAUCAAACAGCUUAGUUCCAACCGUAAGAUGCCAAGAAUAAGAGCGAACUUCUCUCGCACAUUUUAGAAGUUCAAUUUUUUAUUUCAUUAGUAAAGUGUCCAUUACCUUUCAUUGAACAAAUUUUUGAAUUUUCAUUUUUUUUUUUGAUGCAAUGUAAUAUUCGUUGCAUCUGAGUAUCUUGCAAUUUCUCCAGUCUGAAAGGACAAAGCCAGAUCCCCUCAGAGGUUCAUCAAUCUAAAAUUUCAAGGAAGAGUGGGAGGAAGGAUUAAGAACCCUGGAAAAGUCUGAAGAUGAAGAUUUUUUGACCCCAUAUUUUUUGGAUUUUUGACUCUAGAAUCCCUGGCAGACUUUGGCUACCCCGGAAAUGUUG